CCGAGUGCGCUUGAGCUCCGAUCCAGCGAGUCCGCGCGCGCGUGUGCGUCGAGUUGGACUGAGGAAUACAGAAACUUUCGGACUGUUUUUAUUCGGCAGUAAUACUCGGGAGUCAGGACAGGGCACGGAUCUAUCCUGUCGUUAUGACUAUUGUGAUGAAUUAAUGCGUUUCUGGUGCGCAAUGGGCGUUUACAGCGUUACAUCAGCGCUUUAUUCCCAACAGGGUCUUUUACCCAAACAUGUGGAAAGUCAAGUCUUGGUGGAUGUUGAAGUGUGAUCUCUGAGCUGACAUGAGGAGGUUUCUCUAGAUGUGGGCUUCAGUGGUGAAAUGAUGGCAUCACAUUGGAGGAACUCAGGCGAUGAGGAUGAGCUGAUUUAUUCUGGCGGGCUUCCACACUGUGAGGAUGUGGUGGAUCAGGAUGAUUCUUCAGGAGUCCCCUUCCAUGUGGAAGAUGAGCCAUUUUCCUGGCCGGGGCCUAAGAUUCUUCGUCUGCGCCGCACUUCUCAAGGCUUCGGAUUUACUCUGCGUCACUUCAUUGUAUACCCACCAGAGUCUGCGAUGCACUCCAAUUUUAAGGAUGAAGACCAUAGUCACAGAGGGAGACCGCGGAACAGACUGGAGCCCAUGGACACGAUCUUUGUGAAGCAGGUCAAAGAGGGAGGGCCUGCUCACAGUGCCGGACUCUGCACUGGGGACAGGAUAGUGAAAGUGAAUGGCGAGAGCAUCAUUGGAAAGACGUACUCGCAGGUCAUAGGGCUCAUCCAGAACAGUCAUACAUUUCUGGAGUUGUGUGUUAUGCCAAAAGAUGAAGAUAUACUUCAGCUGGCCUAUUCUCAAGAUGCCUACCUUAAGGGUCAUGAUGCAUACAGUGGAAAUGCUCGCCAUAUCCCAGAGCCACCCCCUAUAUGUUAUCCUCGAGUAGACUGCAAGCCCCCGGGGAUGGCCCAGGCCACUGAGACAUCAGCCCCGGGGGUUGUAUCUUCCGAUCUAGGAUACCGUGUGGAGAUACCGGUACCUCCCUCACCUCCACCACCCAUUCCAAAAACACAGACCGCAGUGUGUGUGUGCAAUGAAAGUGUACGGACAGUGGUGGUACCUCCUGAUGUUCACAUGGGCCUUAUGGUCCAAGGUCACAGAGGAGACUAUGGUCUAGUUGGUCCAGAUCCAAUGCUUAUCCGAGCCAGGCCUGGAACUGUGUCUGGUGGUCGUCCGCCAUAUCUACACCCGCGCAAAGCUGACAUGUUCCCGUCAGGUUACCAUGGUGAUCCUUAUGCCAUUCCACCCACACACUAUGUGCCUGCUUCCUCAAUCACCUCCCCUGCUACUCACCAGAACAUUGACUGGCGGACUUACCAGACAUACCGGGAAUAUAUUGACAACAAAGGUAUUCAUGCUUACAGUCGAACUGUUCAAGAACGUUUAGACAGCCUGCGAGCUGCAUCUCAAAGUACACAUGGUGGCCCUCACUGUGGACCCCAACCUGGCUGGGGCAAUAAGUUACGACGCAGAAGUACGUCUCAUGAUCGGGCCUACCAGGGCCCUUCUAUGCUUCCUCCACGCAGUGCUUCGCAGGAUAGGAUGAGUGGGGCAGAGAGAGCAGCUCACGCCAGGGACUGGCCUCCUCGUAGUGUGUCCUCUGAUGGUCUCAUACGGAAGCCCCGUGCUCAUUCAUCAGACUAUGUGGAACAUGGUGAACUAGUUUCUGCUGCACCAUGGGCAGCACCUGUGGAUAGGCAGCUUUAUAGCAGAGUAGACCAGAGGAGUCGUCCCAGUAGACAGUCUCUCCCACCAAGGGCGGUGCUUUACCGCCCACCAACAGGGUAUGGUAUGAGCGUCAGGGGUAAUGCUGGCUCCCAUAAGCAUAGCUCCAGAACGGAUAUCCCACCUACUGCUGGUUUUCCAGAGCGACCUCGCAAUGGAAUAAACCAGGCCAAAGAACCUCCUUCCAAAGACCAAAGUGGAACUGUAGUUGGAAAUCGAAUUUUAAAUUCUGCAUCAAACCAAUCAAGAACUAGGGCUGAAACCAUGCAAAGCCCAGAAUCUGGGAAAGAUAUUUCUGUAGGAUAUAGGUCGGCAUCUUACUCUGCUCCACCUCUUCAAAGGCCCAAGGGUGGUGCAUCAACUCAGAGGACAAGCUCGAGGGAUGUCAAGGGCUUACCAGUAAAUGGGUCUAGUCCUGUGGAGGGUGUAGUCCUCAGAGAGAAACCGCCAACAGGGAAGGGGACCCCACAACCUCUCCGCCAUCCCUCGUACAUCCUUGCAGUAAAUGACACGGAUGGGUCUGAGCCAGCAGGGGGCGGUGUCUGCUGGUUACCCAAUGAUGCUCGCCGGGAGAUGCGCAUGCAGAGACUGGGGGAGCGGCUUGACUCCUCCUUCUGUUCCAGUAAUCUGGACGAAUCACUUGACUCCAUUCCCUUCAUCGAUGAACCAGCCAGCCCUAGUGUAGAUCAUGAUGGCAGUCAUAUUCCUGCAUCAGUUGUGAUUUCUGGAGCUCAAGCUGCACUUUCUGAUAGCCCAAGCCCUUCCACGCCUAGUCCCCUCAUGCGCCGACAACUGUCCCAUGACCAAGAGUCUCUCAGAAAUGCCAUUCUGGAAUCGGGAACCAAAACAGAACGCUCGAAGUCAUACGAUGAAGGUCUAGACAACUACAGAGAGGAAGGUCGUGGACGAUCCAGCAAGCCAAGUCUAAGGGUUUUCAGGAAGGCACUUGAUGGUCAUAAAUCUGAUGACUCCAGCUCUAGAAGAGACUCCUCCACUGAAAUUUUUAGUGAUUCCACCAAAGAGGGUUGGUUGCAUUUCCGACAGCUCAACACAGAGAAGGGCAAGAGAGUUGGAGGCGGUAUGCGGCCAUGGAAACAGAUGUACGCAGUACUGCGAGGACAUUCCCUCUACCUCUAUAAAGACAAAAAGGAGGGGCUUGCUCACGUCAACUCUCAGCUGGAGGAUGACCCUCAGUCCAUCAGUAUUAAGGCCUGCUUGAUUGACAUCUCUUACAGUGACACAAAGCGCAAAAAUGUCUUACGGCUAACGACUUCAGACUGCGAGUAUCUGUUUCAGGCAGAGGGCAGAGAAGACAUGCUGUCCUGGAUAAGAGUCAUUCAAGAAAACAGCAACCUGGAUGAGGAGAAUGCCGCAGUAACCAGCACUGAUUUGAUCAACAGAAAGCUCAAGGAAUAUAUAUCCAUGAGUGCACCCAGCAGUAAGACAGAACCGUCGCCAAAGACCUCACGGCAGUCUCUCAGCAUUAGACAAACUCUGCUUGGUGGCAGCAGUAAAAGUCAAAGCCCCUACUCACCCAAAAAUGAACAGGACAGGAGUAAAGAUGACUCUAGUCCUCCGAGAGAUAAAGCUGCGUGGAGAAGAGGUAUUCCAGGUUUAAAGAAAAAGCCACAAGAUAAGAGGCCUGCUGCUGGCGUCACAUUUGGAGUACGACUGGAUAACUGCCCUCCUGCGCAAACCAAUAAAUUUGUGCCUUUGAUCGUGGAGGUGUGUUGUAAGCUGGUGGAGGACAGAGGGCUGGAGUACACAGGCAUUUACAGAGUGCCUGGAAACAACGCUGCCAUCUCUAGCAUGCAGGAGGAAUUAGACACUAAAGGCAUGACAGACAUCGAUAUCCAAGAUGACAAGUGGCGCGACCUCAAUGUGAUCAGUAGUUUGCUCAAGUCCUUUUUUAGGAAACUUCCGGAACCUCUGUUUACUAAUGAAAAAUAUUCCAACUUUAUUGAUGCCAAUCGAAUGGAAGACCCUGUUGAGCGGUUAAAAGCACUAAAGAGACUGAUUCAUGAGUUACCAGACCAUCAUUAUGAAACACUCAAGUUUCUCUCUGGACAUCUUAAAACAGUUUCAGAAAACUGCGAGAAAAACAAGAUGGAGCCACGCAACUUGGCCAUUGUAUUUGGCCCAACCCUUGUCAGAACCUCUGAGGACAACAUGACGCACAUGGUUACCCACAUGCCUGAUCAGUACAAGAUCGUUGAGACUCUCAUUCAGCAAUAUGAUUGGUUCUUCACAGAAGAUGGAGAUGAAGAGCCAACGACCACUGUGGAGCAAGAGAGCACAGUUCAGUCUCAGCCUGUACCCAACAUUGACCAUCUCCUAACUAACAUAGGGCGUACUGCUCCAUCGCCCGGAGACGUCUCAGAUUCAACCACCAGUGACUCUGCCAAAUCCAAGCAGGGUUCCUGGGGAACUGGUAAGGACCAAUAUAGUAGCGAGCUGCUGCGUACUUCCAUCUUUGCUAGCCGCAAACGCAAAAAGCCUAAGGACAAGCCUCAGCCAAGUAGCUCUGAUGAUGACCUGGAUGCUAGUUUUUCCAAGAAAGAUCUUCCGGUGCAAAAUGAUCCAAAUUGGCCUGCUGAUGACCAAACCGAAGAUGCAGAAAGUGAAGUAGGACUCGAUGACCAAAGGACUGAGGAUGAUGACCAGAGCCCAGGAGAUGGCCUUGACCUCACUUCUGAAAACAAGCAGCUCAUCACAGAACAUUUGCCCCAGCAAACAUGUCCCUCAUCUAAGAUCAAUACAUCGCCCAAACCUAGUUAUCAUAUGACUCGCCAAAGUUCCCUGUCCGAUCAUCCCUCCAACUACGAUGAUGGAUGUGUUUCAGAUCUGGGCACCCUUAACAGCACCAGUUCCCAAGCCUCCGUACCCAGAAUAAGACACGGUAGGACAACAGGCCACUGGAUGGAAAGUGCAGGAAUGGGCCUAGGGGCAGAAGUCUGCUCAAUCACAUCAGAUUACUCCACCACCUCCUCCAUGACCUUCCACACCGGAGUGGAGUCCAUUGCUCUUAGUCCCGAGGUACAGUCUGUUGCUGAAAGCCGGGGGGACGAUGCUGACGAUGAAAGAAGUGAACUCAUUAGUGAGGGACGACCCAUGGAGACAGACAGCGAAAGCGACUUGUCUGUCUUUGCUGUUGGUCGAGAUGGCGUGCCAGCUGAAGAUAGCAGCCAACUGGGGGGCAGUGUCACACCAUUGCAAGAUGUACCCAGUCUUAUUCCCUCCCAUCGAAUCAUUGCAUGCGAUACCCUGGCACGCAAGAGGGGGAGUCGGCAAAAGACAGACAGCGAGUCUUCAGCAGAUGGAAGCCGCAGUGACAAGGAGUCCACUCGAAUCUCACGAGUGCUGGAGGCAGUCAAAGGCCGGUCCACUGGCAGUCUGAGCUCUUCUUCUCGUAGUGAAUCUGAGCGAGCUGAACCCAUGUGGCGAAUUAAAAUCACCGACCGGUUGAAGUGUCGACUGCGAACAUCGGCUGAUGACAUGUUUGGAGUGGGAUCCCAGCGCACCAGGUCCCCCGAGACACGAAGUAAACGGAAAAGCAAUAUCCGCCGAAGGCACACCAUGGGUGGUCAGCGGGACUUUGCAGAGUUGUCAGUAAUUGGGGACUGGCAAAGAGUAGAGGGCAAUGAGCUCUCAGCUAUGGAUCGUUUAAAGCCAAAGUGCAGUUCACAGGACUUCUCCAUCAGAGACUGGAUAGCUCGAGAACGACACCGUACCAGCAACCCUGAAGUUAGCCUGGAUGUGCUGGAUCUGCACUCUUCUCGAUCACGGGACCUGUUAUCCGCGGGGCCUUCGCACUCCUAUUUGGGUCAGCACCUUAAUGGAGAUGUAGCGGUCGCUCAGGGCAAAAGCUUAAGCCUAGGCGCUGACGCUCACCCUCACAAACUCUCUGGUGCUCAAGUGGUCCGUUCUCGUUUCUACCAGUACCUGUGAAAGUGUGUGUGAGAGUAUACUCAUGUAUAUGAGUGCACUUUUUAUGAGUGUUGACAUGUUUUAUGGUACUUGAGUGCUUGUAAGCCAUGUUGGCAUCAGCGGUAGAAUGUGAUUGGAGUAUCGUGAUUGAAAGCAUGCGUGUAUGAGAUCAGGAGAAAGUUGCUGUUGAGUGUUCUCUGAUGGACUGAUAGAAAUGUUUUUAAAACAUCCUGUGAUAUUUCCUUCUGUGAAUGAAAUUAUGUACUGACCCAAUGUUGUACAGCGAGCAGAGGCCUUCUGAAGCACAGUAUUGCUGGAAAACUGGAUGAGUUUGAAUUCCAGUAAUCAUAGAUUUUAGAUUUGAGUAUGUAGUCGAGAUGGCUGAAGCUGUCCAAAUGGCUUGGAAGAUAAAUGCAAGUAACCAAGAAAUAGGACUUUAGGUCGGUAGUCUGAAAUCGUAUGAUGUUGAGAAGACUUGAUGAAAGUUUCGUUGUGUUGGAAAUGUAAAGAGGCCCCCAAUGUUGAUCAAUCUUUCAGUAACCAAAACAAGAAUGUAUCUGCUUGUUGUAAUACUAAACAAACUGCCAUGAAGUGUGUAUAUAUAUUCCCCCUUCUGUGCUUUUUUUCUCCGUUUAUCCUGCCUGUGUUUGGACUGCUUUGCGUGCUGUGUUAUGGAACAGUGUCUGUUUCGUUUUUCUUUUAUAAGUGCGGUGCAUGGCAGACACUCGGCACAUUAAAUCUUUUUUUUUAUUAAUUGCAAAAGACAAAAAGGAAUUCAAACAACUUCCCUCUUAUGCGGUUUGUAGUGUUGUUGUUUGUUGUACUACAACUACAGAGACAUAAUUACUGUCUCUAGCAUAAAGCUGGAAAAGAAAUAGAAUGAAUUGUUAAAGAACAAAUCAGGUGUCUUUGGAUCAUGAAAGUGCCUCAUAUUGAAUAUUGGUCUUGGGUCAUCAAAGGUGCCACAUCAUCUCAGAUACAUUAAGGUGUAAAAAAAAAUAUAUAUAUUAUUUUUAAACUCACCUCAUCCAGACUUCAUUCAUAGAAAAAAAUGAGAAUCUUCCAUUCCUACAGCAUUCCGCCUGGGUCUUAACGCUAUUCUAAUGCAUCGUUUUAUGUUGUGCAUUUGGUAUUUUAACCAAACUUGAAUUUUAAAUAUUCUUGUAAAGUAAGUAACUUAAAUGUACAUAUCUAUUACUGGUUUUAGCUGCUCCUAUUCUUCUGGUCAUCUCCAUCGCAUCGAUUUCUUUUUUGUAAGUAUUGUACGAUAAAGAGGUGAGGUUUAAGGGACCUGGGGGAGUAAACCCGUAAGUGAACAUGCUAAUCAUCUGGGGGUCUUCAGUCUCCCUUGUGUGAACAAUGCUUCCCUAACUGUUUGUAUCAUGCUGGGUCUGCUCUUGUGGUGGACGCAAAUUGUAAAACACUGGAAAAUAAACCCUUUUUGUCUCAUAAA